AUGUCAUUCAGAGACUUGCCCCAUUCCUUCAAAGACGUGUUUUGCGGCUGGUACGGCAAGGUGCCGGGCGAAUUGGCCUUGACCAAAGAGCAAAAAGAGAGAAACACCGCCGCUGUUGAAGAUGGCAUGGAAGAGCCUCCCACCAAAGUCGCCUUCGACUCCUUGUGGCCUGCCUUUACCGCUGGAGCGGGUCUUUUCUCUGACGGUUAUGUCGCCAAUUCGGUGGCUACAGUGAAUAUUUGCUUGAAGCGAAUCUACGGCGACAAGUACACAGAGUCCACUGCCAUCUCCAACGUCACCUCCAUCGCGUUCGUGGGUAUCGUGGUGGGCCAGUUGUCGUUUGGCUACAUUUCUGACCAUAUCGCUAGAAAGGGCGGUAUGAUGGCUGCCAACAUCAUUCUUGUGUUCUUCACUCUUUGCUGCGCUGCCGCCUCCUGGGGUGUCACUCCAGAGGGCAUGUUUGCCGCCUUGACCGUGUUCCGUUUCUUCUUGGGUAUCGGUAUCGGUGCCGAGUACCCCACGGCCUCCGUGAUUGCCUCUGAAUUCGCCAACCAGUUGCCCGUGGGGCACAGAAACCGUUAUUUCGUUUGGUUCACCAACUCGUGCAUCUGCCUGGGUUACGUGGCCGCUUCUUUCGUGCCCAUGGUCUUGUUGUGGAUCACCUCCACCUCCGACAGAGAUUUGCACAUUGUGUGGAGAUUGACCCUAGGUAUCGGCGCUGUUUUCCCCACGGUGCUUUUCUUCAUGAGAAGGAAAAUGAAGCCCUCCGAGUCCUACCAGAAAACCAACUUGAAGGGCGUCAAGAAGUUCCCUUGGUUGCUCGUCAUCAAGUUCUACUGGUUCAGAUUGGCCAUUGUGUCUAUCGUCUGGUUCAUCUACAACUUCUCCGUCUUUUCCUUUGGUCUCUACUCGUCGUACAUCUUGGACAUGCUUAUCCCCGGCAGCAACUUGUACUCUACCUUUGGCUGGAACGUGCUUUUCAAUGUCUUUUAUCUCCCUGGCACUUUUAUCGGUGCAUUCUUCACAGACUACUUUGGCCCCAGACUCACCAUGGCCUUUGGUCUUUUUGUUCAGGCCAUCAUCGGCUACUCCAUGACCGGUUCUUUCGAUUCCUUGAAGACCAAGAUUGCUGGCUUUGUUGUGGUGUUCGGUAUUUUCACCUCUUUCGGUGAGAUUGGUCCUGGUAACAACGUCGGCUGCUUGGCUUCCAAGACUUCUGCCACCGCCAUCAGAGGUCAGUACUACGGUAUCGCUGCAGCUUGGGGUAAAGUCGGUGGUUUCGUCGGCACUUACGUUUUCCCUGUUAUUAUGAAAAACCACGGUGGUGAGGACUCCGACGAGGGUAUCAAGACUGCUUUCUAUGUCUCCUCUUCCUUGUGUCUCUUCUCUGCCAUCCUCACCUUGUUCUUCUGUCCUUCUGUGGGCCAAGAAGCCAUCAACGAGGAGGAUAAGAACUUUAUUGACUACUUGAAAGCCAACAACUUCGAUCUCUCCAGAUUGGGCGAUGGCUCGCUUGGCGAGGACCCUGAACUGUCUGCUGGAUCUUCCGAUGAGAAGACUGGUGCUUAUCGUUUCGAUGAAACCUCGGUUACGUCGCCUACCAACACAGCAACCAAGACUGUCUCGGACAAUGUCUCCAAUGACGCUUCCAAGGAGGCCCUCAAGGAGAGCAAAUGA